AUGCCACCAUACUUGCCCGCAUCGGCGGCGGCACUAUCUGCACAGCUCAGCAAAGUCGAACAGGAGCUGCAUCAACCUCAACAUGCUGUUCUCGUCAGCCGCAACCUACAGCACCCCAACCACACACAGCAAGUAACACUCGGCGUCAUCGCUGCCUACGUUGUCGUGAUUGCUAUUUUAUGGAAUGUUCCCUACAUCAAGAACAUUCUCUGGCCAUUCAAGAUGCUUGUCAUUGCCUUUCAUGAGUUUGGUCACGCCAUCACAGCAGUCUGCACCGGCGGCCGCGUCAAGUCCAUCAGCCUCGACCCAAACGAAGGCGGCGUCACUAAAAUGGUGGGCGGCAUCAGCGCCAUCACGCUCCCGGCGGGCUACCUGGGAUCUUCGAUCAUCGGCGCGUUGCUUACCUUUUGCGGCUUCAACAUAGUCGCAUCAAAAAUCGCCAGCAUCGUACUUGGUGUCUGCUUCCUCUUGACUCUUUGGUGGGGAAAGCGGGACUGGCUGACCAUUCUAACUGUGCUGUCCGCUGUCGCCCUCUUGAUCGCCUGCUGGUUCAUCAAACACGCCGAAGCACUGCGAUUUGUCGUGUUGUUCAUUGGUGUCAUGUCCUCUCUUUACAGUGUCUGGGAUAUCUGCGACGAUCUGAUUCUCCGCAAAGUCAACUCGUCAGAUGCCAGUGUCUUUGCGAAGCGAUAUGGCGGCUCAUCACAGUGUUGGGGAGUCAUUUGGUCUAUUAUUUCCGUUAUGGUCAUGGCAGUUGGGAUUGUUGCCGGGUUGGCUGCAUUCUCACAGUCGUUUGCUCAACAGCAGGAGGACUCCAAACACUUUAUCCCUACAUAA